AUGAUGCGACAUCGUUCAACAUGUUGGAACGUCACAGAAGAAGGUGAACGCUUGUUUCGGAUGCAUAAAUAUGAAAAAGGAAUCGAUCUUUUGAAGAAAGCCUUAGAAGUAGGCACUGAUGACUUCUCUUUGUUAUCAGCAAUUUAUUGCCAACUAGGAAAUGCUCAUAUUAUGCUCAAGGAUUAUGAAAAUGCAUUAAAAUAUCAUACAUAUGAUAUGCUAGUCGAAAAGCUGGUCGGAAAUAAAGGUGGAGAAGCAAAAUCGUGUGCAAAUCUAGGAAACGUGUUUAAAAUGAAAGGCGCUUAUAACGACGCUCUCACGUUUACAUUCAAACAGCUGGAAUUGUCUGAACAGCUUGGAAAUAUGCAAAUGAAAGGACGAGCGUGCUAUAAUGUUGCAACAAUUUUUGUUGAACGGGGACGUUAUUUGAUGCUUGAAAGCACGGAACAGCAAGAUCCCGAAAAGGAAAUUGAAGCUCGAUCGGAUUUCGAAAACGCUAUUAAGUACUACAAUAUAAAUUUGGAGUAUGCUCUAUCGGUCAACGAUUGCUACACAAUGGGUCGCUGUUAUGGAAGCUUAGGCAAUGUUUAUUAUUGUCUCGCAGAUUACGACGAAGCAAUUAAGUAUCACACUUUGCGUCUUGACUUGGCCCGACAGUUCGGAGUUAGAGAUUGCACACGCCGUGCGCACGCUAAUCUUGCAAAUUGUUACGCUCUGAAAUCAAAUAUGCAGGCUGCUAUUCAACAUUAUAAAAGCGCCUACAGAGUUGCUUAUGAAUUAGGCAAUGACGCUGAAGAAGCGCAAAUGGCCUACUCCCUCGCCAAUUCAUUGUACAUUGAUAAAGAAAUUCCGGAAGCCAUUUCAUAUUUCUUCCGUCAUCUCGAUAUCGCCAGAAAACUCAACGACAAGCCAGGCCAAAUGCGCUCGUAUUUCUCGUUGGCAUUAUGCUUCCAGUCACUCAAGGAUCUCCGAAAAUCGCUUUAUUUCUUGAUUCUCUCAAAACGAUUCGCCUUGCAGCUCGGUGACACUUCUAUUAUUUCGGACAUCGACAAUUUGCUGAAGGAAAUCCUUGAAGCUGGAAAAUCAUCGGUCCUCUUAGAAGAUUGUGAGCUUCUCGUCGAUCCAUCGGCCGAUCCUUUGGGACCACAAGUAGAGCACAGUGAAACAUUCCUGGCGUUUUUCAAAAAACGCAGCCUAAACGACAAAUCGAGAGCUCCAAAAGAAGCCCUCCAAGAGGAGCGCCACGAAAAGGAGGAAUUCCUUGAUAUGCUCCAAAGAGUUCAAUCUAAAAGAAUGAAUGACCAAAGAGCCGAUAUUUCUGUACUUGGUACCUGCAGCGGCAAGAUCCGUCAACGCGACACGGAGCCCGACAAUUCAUCAACUGAUGGCUCAGAAGUUCUAAUUGAUCUUCUGUUAAAUGCUCAAGCAAGAAGAAUGGACGAUCAACGUGCUCCAUUCCUACCAGGUCUUAAUGAAAAUGGUCAGCUCAUUUUACGUCGAAUGAACUCGAAUCCGGUUGAGGAGCUUGACAGCAAUCUCAUUGAUUGGCUGAUGAGAGUUCAGAGUCAGCGACUUGAUGAGCAGAGAAGUGAGCUUCCGGAAAAAGUCCGUGAAGGUAAGCAAGAGCGUAGAAAUUCGCGAAUCCAAAAGGAAAUCGCAGAAGACGUGACUGACAUUGUUCUGAGAAUGCAAGCUGGACGACUUGAAGACCAGCGUGCGCAUCUUCCGGCUUCUCCGUCGUCAUCUUCAUCUAAUCAUUAA